AUGCCUGAUGUGAUGGUACAUGCUUCGGCAACGGAACCAAUGGAUAUGGAGCUGGCUGAAUCGAGCACAAAAAUGGAGCUCGAACCCAAGGUGGAGUCGUCUCUGCUGGCAGAUGACGACUUGGAGAUGGAGUUGAAUCGCACGCUCAAUGAGCAGAUGUCUGAUGAUAAGCCUGAGUCGUCCCGAAUGAUGGAUGAGCCAGAUGCUGAAGGUGAGAAUGAGGGUGACAACGACUCGUUGUUUGGUGGCGAAAAUGAUGACUUGGGUGAGCAACAAGACAUUACUGCAGACGGCGAUGCAGAUGGUGAUAUGGACGCAGAUGGUGAAGCGGAUAUUGAAAAUGUCGCGAAUGCUUUUGGCGAAACGGAUGCAGAUGCAGAUGCAGAUACGGAUAGCGAUGGUGGCGUUGGCACUUCAAACGGCUACGGACGUGCAGACCCAAAAACAGCGCAGCCUCAACGCUCAGCCGAGCAUGAUACCCCCCCUGUGCCGUCGGAACGCAGUGCAUCGCCUUCCAAGACAGCAGAACGCCCUGGAGGUGCCAUUUCAUUGCCAGGAAGGCAGGUGAACAAGCAGGACGACAAAAAGACGAUCACACCGCAAAUACCGAAGCAGGCAACUCCCGAGGCACCGCAUCCUGUGCAUCAGAACAGCGGACGCAAAACCCUUCCGAAACCCAUGUUCGGCUCGAUGAACAUGGCAUGGCAAUACGACGCUGACGUAUCUCGCUUUAGUCAUGAUAUCAUGCUGACCAGCACAUUGUCGGGCCAAGUGAUGAUAUGGGAUCGGCGUGUUGAUCCAAAGUCCUCUAAACACGGAGUCCGUGCACUUGCGUUGCCGGCAGGCACACCUCCUUGGUGCACGGAUGCAUGCUGGAACCACACUGGCGACAAGAUCUAUGUGGGUCGCCGGAACGAACUUGUCGAAGAGUGGGACGUUCGUAUGCUGCCUGACAUUUCGACCAGUGCGUCGCAUCAGAACCGGUCACAAUAUGGCACGGUCCCAUCCCUCGCACGUACGUUGCGGAUGCCACGUGGCAGUGGCCCUGUCAGCUCCGUCGCUGUAUUGCCGAACAAUCGACACAUCGUAUGGUGCGUAUGCCUGCCUGUCUGUCAGGUUUGCAUUCUCGCAUACUAA